GCUUGCGCUUCUUGUGUUGUUGGCUUUGUUGCGGAAUUUUCAAUUUUUAAUUAUUCAUAUUCAUCGUUAUUGUUGUCAGUUUGUGGUCAAAAGUGUUUUUAUUUUUUGUUGUUUUGUUUUUCGUAACUAAUAAAUGUGUAUUUUAUGGCCCUGCACGUAACUGUAAAUGGAAAAUUCGGGUCCAACUGCAAGCGACGACCGAUAAGCAUUCUGGAUGAUCCGGAACGCGUAAAAAAGGAUUUGGAAAAUGAGCGUCGCAUUGCACGCAUCCAGCAAGUACGCGAGAAGUCCAGCAAUUUGGCCAGAAAAAUCCGUCAGGAUGUGGCCGCUGAAAAGCAGAAGCAAUUAAAUAAACUGGAGCAAAUCAAGCAGCAAGAGUUGAAUACAUGGCGUGACCAUGUUUUGGUGAAAAAACAUAAUGACUUCCGUUCGUCAAUGUUUCAAGUAGGCGCAGCCCAUCGGGCGGCUAAAGUUGAGACGGAAAGGAUGGCCGCAAAUCAAAAAGAGAAGGAGGAAAGAAUGCGAAAAUGCAGGCAGCGGGCAAAUAACCACAAGCAGACUACAAAAACUAAUCUGCAUCGUCCCACCGGUGGCAGGGAUCGUGAACAAUUGAAUGUCGAGGGACGUGCCACAAUGGGAACACAGACGCCACUACCCGAGGACAAGGAGAAUCGUUUGCUUGCAGGGCGCAUUCAUUGUGAGAAGCAGCGCAGCUGCAAGCCGCUUAGUCAUGAAUGCAAAUCACCCAAACGUAAGCGUGACAUCUGCUGUAGGGAAAGUUCCAAGUGUCCAUGCAUCAGUUCGGAAGAUGACGAGGAAUCGCUCGGCGAGAUUAGCUACAGCAGUGACUCAUCCUUGAUCGCAGAGAAUCCUGUGGAUGUAGUAGAAAAACCACGUCAGUCUCCCACUAAAAAUUUACAAAAGAACCCAACAGUCAUUUUAGAUGUAGACAUUGAAAGCGAGGAGGAUGUGGCCAUCACCACUAAAAACAAAGGCAUGGAAAUUAAUGACCGUUUUAUGCAAAGCAAUCGAAAAUUCAGUCAUGUGGUACGUUCAAGUCCACAGACAAGUCCAGUCAGAGGUAGUCGUCCCCCAAGAUUUACCCAAAUUUCAGAUUUCGUCAAGCGCACCGAAAAUGCCAGAAGCACUCAGGUCAAUCCGGUGGUUAGAGACGAACUUCCAGUUGAGGACCUUCCGGCCCCUGCUCCGCCCCGAAGUCCACCAAAAUCUCCAAGACGAACACUAGAGCCACUAACAACCAGAUCACCCAUUAAAUCAAGUGGAACGGGAUUGGGUUCACCAAAAAAAAAUUCUGGUGCAAUUUCUCAACGAUCGUCAAAAACUAAUGCAGGAAAAAAUCUUCCCGCUACUGCAAAGAUUAUAGAAGCCGGAGUCAACCGAACUUCAGGUACAGGAAAAAGAAACUCUGGGAUACAACAAUCCGAAGGUGCAGUCGCUAAUGCCCCGGGAGCUCAGCCACCUAUGCCACACGCUCCUCCAGUUGCAACUCCCAAUAUGCCCACGCCUGUUAUGCAUCCUACUCCAUUUAUGGGCAUGCCGCCACCACAUCCAAGCCAAUUACAGCCUUUUAUGGUGGGAUACCCGCCACCGUAUGCCAUGCCAUAUCCGAUUCCCCUACCAAUGAAUCCUAAUUAUCCUCAACCAGUCGCUUACCAGCCUGUUCAACCACCGCGGCCCGAUCCCCCUGUGCCGACCAGAAUGCCAGCUCCACCAGCAACACAUCAUACCACUGCCACACAGUCAUCAGUCUCGUCCACCACAAUUGUCAUGAAGCAAGGACAGAGACAGGGGUCCACCCUCCCCUCAAGUCGAGUUCAGUUCUAUGACCACAAUAACAAAUAUCAUCGCAAUUAUGAGGCUCCUGCUGAAGCAGUGCAAUUCAACCAACAAGAUCCCACCCAGUUGAAUGCCAUGGAUCAUGCUAGAAUAGAGAAUCAACUAAGGCAAUUGCGUGAACAAGAGCUGGAUAAACUGAGAAAAAUCAGCGAUGAACGUGGCCAAAAGGCUUUGGAACGUGAACAAGUGCGUCGUGAUUGUGCAGAGCUAACAGAGAAACUAGAUGCCUUGACCCAGCAGAAUCCUCAACUCUUGCCAAGUGAUGCUAAUUUUAUACCCAGUCAUCGCUAUGAGGAUGCAGCAGCACGUCGUCAGGAUGCCAUGAACGAGGCCAUGGAAAAUAUGCUGCUACGUCCGGCUAUUAUAACUUGCCCGGAAGUGGCAUCAUCGACCACAACAACUAAAAAGUCGAGUAAAGUCAAUGCUGAACCUUUGGCCCUCAAUGUGGGCGAACCAUCGAGUGGGCUUAAUGGAUUAGUCAGCAGUGAGAGCUGUUGUUCCCUUCUACUUGAUUAUGUGGACGAUCAGAGCAAACAGCUGAAAUCUGAUUUGAAGGCAACGCAAUCGAAUUCCUAUAAAUCACAGAAAUUGAAGAAUCUUCUCGAACGAAUUGAAAAAAUUCGCAUACAAUUGAUUGAAGAGCUGAAAGCAGGUGAAGCAGCCUCUACAACUAGAAGUGGCAAAACUGCCCAAAAAGUAAUCGAAGCGAUACGCGAAGAACGUGCUCAUAUUCUUAAUGAUAAGGCCAGGACAUUGGAUGAGAGGGAAUCUGAAUUGCAGCAAAAAGAGGCCAUAUUGGAGCAACGCUUAAGGCAAUUCUACAAAGAGCAAAAGAAAUCCGAAACGGAUGAAAAGACGGGCAAGUCAGAUGGUAAACCCGUAGAGAUUAUUAUCAAGGUGAGAAGUGAUGGCACCAUCAAGCGGUAUGUGCCCAAGCAUAAGGGCAAAAUAAAAGCCAAAGAACAACCAUCCAAGGAGAAGCAAUUGGAAACAGUAAAUCAACCACCGCCCAAAGCAGAACAACGCCAGAUAUCGAUUGACUCCAACUCUACCUCGUAUAGGAGUCUGCCCGCAGUAAACUAUACAAAUAUAGAACCUGCAACUUCGUCUGCUCCUUCUACUAAAGCUGCUCCUUUGCAUCCUGUGAUUGCACAGUAUGUUAACCAAUUGUUGGGCAUGACACGUAAUUCUGUGCAGGAGUUGGGUGUUAGUAGCUCAGAUGUGGCCACACCGACACCCUCUAUCGUCAAUGUAUCCCGCAAUGUAUCCUCUGGCUCAAAUGCAGACAAUACAUUGGUGGAUAAUCGUCGGGUUGAGCGAGUUCAAGCGUUUAUCGAGGAGAAUCGCAGUUUUGUGAUUGAACUGGAAGAUACCUUGCGGACUCAGCAGCAGCAGCAACAACAAGAUAAGGAGACCAGCCAAAGAGCCUUUGAUCAGAUUUGGCAAAAGCAUUUUGACACCAAACAAGACGAGAGCAAGAAAAAGACGAUUAAGCAAGAUCGGCAAGAGGAGAGACCUUCUGGUAGUCAACAGACAACAAAUAAAAAGAAAUCUGUGAGCUUGGUCAAAGAAGUGAUUACUAAUAAGACAACGCUGCAGCAAACCCAAAUCACCCAACAACAACAACAGCAACAACAACAACAACAACAACAGCAUCAACAACAGCAUCAACAACAGCAACAACAACAACAACAGCAACAACAACAACUAGUCUCCAAUAAAUUAAAGAGUCAAUCUAGUUCUAGCCAGGAAUCCUCGUCUAGGCAAAUGGAACGCUAUGCCAAGUUAACCGAGAAUUGUACACAACGAAUAGCCGAGCUUACAGACUUGAUAACAAAAGUACGUGAGGAGAAGCAGCGUUUGGUAGAAGUCACCUUGACAUCGGUCAGUGAUGGAGAACGUCAUUCCACCGAAUAUCUUGAAUUGCCGCCCGACCAGAGAAUCAUGGCAGAUCAACAACAGGAUAAUCGCCAGACAAGAUCUAGAACUGUCUCCAAUGGCAGUGAUGGAUCUCCCUUGACAUCGGAGGCAUUGCCAUUGCAGAAAAACAAGCCCACUGCCAUUAGUAGAGAUAGUGGCAUUUCCGAUUCGCGUCCAAUAACCGCUCUGGGGCAAGUGAAUGCUGGAGAUGCGGAGCCCAUGUCUUUGGGUUCAUCCACCCAGAAUUCAUACCGACGGGGCAAAGCUCCACCGAUAACAAUACGUCGCUACAGUCCUCAACUAAAUGCCGAUGAUCUGGCCCAUGAACUCUCCACCAUAGCCGAAGUAGAUAUGCCGGCGCAAUCUCAUUUGGUAGCAGCCACACCAACACCCGUACCAUUUCCCAGUUUUGACCAAUAUGCCCGGGAAUUGCAAUUGGAUUUGGCUCAUAUGGAUCCGAAUCAGAGUCAGCGUUUGGAAAGGGAGUUCAACGAGCUUAUUCAAGUCAUCAAUGAGCGUAUGGGUCCAGGAGAUUAUCGAGAAUUUCCUAGCAUUAAUGCCUAUCUGCAGAAUGUGACCACUACCCGGGUACAUAUGGAAACCGAUGCUGAUGUUACAUUGGCUCCCAAUGAAUGGAUGAAACAGUUGCGUCUGUCCAAUGUGAAUAUGCAGAGUUUUCCCAAUCGUCGGGAGUACAUGCAACAAUUGCUUGCUGGAGAAACAUCUGAGCAAAGGGAAUUAAUUGAUACUGCUAGCUUGGAUAAUGACUCCACAGACUCGUUUAAUAUAGAGGCGGAAUUACGACAACGACGCAUUCUGAGGAGUUCUUUUCGACGUGAACAUAAUCAAGAAGUUGCCAGUAGUACGCGUCGAGAAAGUAUUCCAGAGCAAAAUACACUUGAUCCCCUACCCAAUGAGAGUGGCAUCGACGCUAUAUCUAGCGAUUUUGAGAGAGAACUCCAAAGUCUGGGCAUGCACUGGCCCACCUCAAUGCGGCAGAGGCAACGUCAGGCGGCUGCUUUGGGUCAUAGCACUAGCACCAGUAAUCCAUCCCCAGAACCAACAACGUUACGCCCAGUUAGAGGUGGUGCUCAAAAUCGUUCAGCAAGAAAAUCAAAGGAGGCAUCGAUUGAUGUACAAAAUGCCAGCCAUCUGGGACGUUCUAUAAAUUUACGUGAAUUUCUUACCCGAGAGCUUCUAAAACAUCGUGUUAAUAGUGGUGAUAGUUCAGAUGAUUCACUGAAGAGUAACUUCUUGCGUUCUGUCAUGGAGUCACUGUCACCAUCGACUUCGACGCACACUCCGGGCAUGGGACAUGGCACAACGACAAUCGACAGACAGAAAACCUCAACACCGGUCGGCUCAUUCUUUAGUGCUCAUGAGAAAUCCAAAACAAAAUCCAAUGCCGAAUCGCAACAAAAUCCCGACAAUUCGCAACUAUUUUCGGGUGAGAGUGGUCUGUCGGCUGUUAACUAUCCAGAUGGUACACCACCAGUGCCUUACGAGCGUUCCAUGUCGGCAAACGAAAAGACCCCGAGAAAUUAAUCUAGUAACAGGAAUUUUUUAUUUCACACUUAUUUAUUUCUAUAUAUAGAGUUAUAAGUAUUUAUAUAUUUUGUUUCAAUAAAUUGUAAUUAAUAUAUUCAAAAAAA